AUGGCCCAAUACCAGCCUCAGCAGGGUCGCGAGUAUGCUCGUGGACCACCAAAUAUGGGGUCGGCGAGUAGCGCUCAGCGAGACGCGGCCUUCUCGAACAUAUUCGGCGGUGCGCCGCCUCCCGGGAGGAGCCAUACGAUGACCACCGGAGUGGCGCCUCCGCCGCAGGACAGGGCGAAUACAAUGUCUGGAGCUCCUCAACAAUACAUGCAGCGGUCACCGCCUGUCAGACCAGGAGUGGGUCCGAAUGGCUAUGGGAUUGCGCCUGGCUCAGAGGCCACGAAUGGUUAUCCGCAACCAUCAGCAUACACAAAUGGACAACCAGCGCCGCAGCGACGACCACCUCCUCAGAAUCUGCCGCAACCGAUCCGUCCUGACAGAGUGCCUUAUGGACAGCCGCAGCGAAUGGAUGCUCGUGGACCGCUACCGCCAGGGCAGUACCAACGGUCGUUCACGCAGCGCCCAUACGGUCCGGGUGCUCAGGGUCCGGGACCCGCGCUAAACAGUGAUUCCUUCCGCUCGCAGUCACUCGCAUCGAACCCGCGACCGAUGUAUCAGCCACCUGGCGCUGGUAGCAAUUACACUAUAUCUCCCGCACAUGCUUUUCGCCAGCAACCCCACAUGAACCCCAAUCUGGCACGAACUACUGCGCAUGGAAGAGUUGUACCCGAUCGGCCGUCAGAUGAGCGCACCAUGUCGAUGUCCUCCUACUCGCGCGAUGCAGACUUCACACAAACCAUGAGUGGAAGAGUUAUACCCAAUCGUCGACGGGAGUCUGGCGACACUAUUGGUAGCGAAUCGACGCUGAACGGAUAUGCGUCCAAUCGUUUACCGAACGGUUACGGUGGGAACGUCAGACAUCCUAGCUCUGGCAGUCAUACCACGCAAGAGUCAAGAACAAUGUCCAUGGCGUCGACCAUCGUUCCGCCUGGAGAUAGUCAAUCACCUCGCCCCUCUGUCAAUAGCACCGCUGGACGUUCGGAUAGUAAUAUGACCCGGACGGGCACCAUGGUGGCUCAAAAACGACCGUCGCUGGUUUACGGAGCGCUUUUGUCGAAUGUGGCUUCGGCCUUUCGUGACAGGGUCGCUGUGCAGGAGAAGGAAAAGGACGGAUUGGUGUACAACAAUGCCUUCAGUGGUUAUGAGGCAGUCGAACUGAUUGCAUACAUCAUCCGAACAUCCGACCGGAAUCUUGCGCUGCUGCUUGGACGAUCGCUCGACGCCCAGAAGUUCUUCCACGAGGUUGCAUAUGCGCACAGACUUCGUGAUUCCGAAAGUGAAGUAUACCAAUUCAAGGAAACCAUCAACGAGGAACCUCCGGAAGUCAAUGGCGUCUUCACACUGCUCACCGAGUGCUACUCGCCCACAUGCAAUCGAGAUAAUCUCUGCUACUCCAUUGCUUGUCCACGUCGCCUGGAACAACAACAACGGCUGAACAUGAAGGUCACACCCGGGCUCAAGCGAGAGACCUCUCGAUCCAGUUUACACGAUGAAUUUGACAGUGUGGAGCAAAAGUUGUGGAUCAACACCGUCUCCAAAGAGGUUUCGGACAGCGUUAGCGACAUGGAGAAGAAACGCCAGGAGGUCAUUUCGGAACUCAUGUACACAGAGCGUGAUUUCGUUAAGGACCUGGAGUAUCUACGGGAUUUCUGGAUCAAGCCACUGAGGAUGCCGGACGUGUCUCCCAUCCCGGAGCAUCGACGAGAGAAGUUUAUUCGCACGGUUUUCUCCAAUUGUCAGGAAGUGCACGGUGUCAACUCACGCAUGGCCCAGGCUUUGACCAGACGGCAGCAACAGAACCCUGUCGUCCGCAACAUUGGAGACAUUUUUUUGGAAUAUGUGCCGCAAUUUCACCCCUUCAUCCGCUAUGGUGCCAAUCAGCUGUUCGGCAAAUUUGAAUUCGAGAAAGAGAAAGGCUCCAAUCCGGCGUUUGCACGAUUCACUGAAAGAACCGAGCGAUUAAAGGAAUCACGGAAGCUGGAGCUCAACGGCUACUUGACAAAGCCAACCACUCGUCUGGCAAGGUACCCGCUGCUCUUGGAGAACGUUCUCAAGUUCACGGACGAGAACAACCCUGACAUGAAGGACAUUCCCAAGGUCGUCGAGCACAUUCGGCAAUUCCUGAGCCGGGUCAAUGAAGAGUCUGGCAAAUCUGAAAAUCAUUACAAUUUGAUGAAUCUGAAUGCUCAGUUGAAAUGGGGUCAGAUCCCACACAUGGACCUGAAGCUGACAGAGGAGUCAAGACAGCUAAUCUUCAAGAGUGCACUCAAGAAGACCCCAACAGCAGAACAAGCCGAUGUCACUACUUACCUCUUCGACCAUGCCGUCCUCAUCGUUCGCGUCAAGACGGUCAACAAGAAGGAGGAAGUGCGAGUGUAUCGCAAACCUAUUCCGCUGGAGUUGUUGCAGAUCAAGGAAAUGGACCAAGUCCUACCAAGAAUGGGUCUUGCGAAGCGACCUUCGUCAAGCAUGAUUCCCGGAGUAAGUCGGGUUGCCACCAGACCAGCGCCCACUGAGCAAGGAUAUCCGAUCACAUUCAAGGGACUCGGCAAGGGCGGAUACGAGCUCACACUCUAUUGCACCAACCAGUCUCAGCGCGAGAAGUGGAUGGAGCACAUUAUGACGCAAAAGGAGAAGCUGUCUGAACGUCACAAAAUUUUCACCAUGGCGAAGUUGAACGAAGGCUGCUUCAACUCCACAUUCAGAGUGAACUGCUGCAGACCGAUGGAUGGUGGAAGGAAGCUUGUCAUUGGCACAGAUGUUGGCAUCUACGUGUGCGACCGGCGGCCAAAGGACUCCUCUCAGAAGCCGAGACGCGUAUUGGACACAAAGUUUGUUGCUCAGCUUGAAGUGCUCGAGCAGCACCAAAUUCUCAUCGUCUUGGCCGACAAGGCAGUCUACAGCUUUCCUCUCGAGGCGCUCGAAGACGAUAGCCCGGGCGCACCCUCGAAACGCGGCAAGAGGAUUUGCCACGCCAACUACAUCAACGCCGGAACAUGCAAUGGCCAGACUUUGGUAUGCUGCGUCAAGUCGUCAUCACUUUCAUCGACCGUCAAGGUUUUCGAGCCGAUGGACUCCAUGACGAAAGGCAAGAAGAAGUCCGGUCUCGCCAAGAUGCUCGCCAGCGGCCAGGAAGUCCUCAAACCGUACAAAGAAUUCUACAUCCCGAUGGAGAGCAACAGCAUCCACUUUCUACGCAGCAAACUCUGCGUGGGCGGCGCCAAAGGCUUCGAAAUUGUCUCGCUCGAAACGCUCGAAACCCAAUCACUCCUCGACCAAGCCGACACAUCUCUCGACUUUGUUGCACGGCGCGAGAACGUCAAGCCCAUAUACAUUGAGCGCAACACGGCCGAAUUUCUGCUGUGCUACAACGACUUCUCCUUUUACGUCAACAAGAACGGCUGGCGCGCACGAGGCGACUGGAAAAUCCUGUGGGAGGGCUCGCCGAAUGCGUUCGCCACGUGGGGUGAGAAGUAUAUUCUCGCGUUUGAGCCGGAGUUCAUUGAGAUCCGACAGAGUGAUACCGGUGGGCUGGUGUGCAUUCAGACGCAUAAGAAUAUUCGGUUCUUGCAUCAGAGCACGAGAGAGAUCCUUUACGCGUACGAAGACGAAGUGGGCGACGACGUGAUUGCGUCGUUGGACUUUUGGGGCAGGCCUCAAUCUCCGCAGCAUCCCAAGCAGUAGUAGAGUUUUUUGUUCAGAAAGACUUGAAAUGAAUAAAAAGAAGAACGGAGACCUCUCUGAUGAUGAAGAAUGUUGGAACUUCACG